AGGGAAGCUGCAAUAGCAAAGUUAAGCAAAGCAAAGGAAGAAGAAGGGAUUCAAUUCCCACUUCACUGCACUUCACUUCACACUUCACUUCACUGUAUGCAACAAACAGGAAUUGAAAGGGUGCGAUGACGGUGCUUGUGGAUCCUCCUCACCCUUCAUGGCCAUGUGGGUCCUUGCUUACUUGCUGGGUUGUUCUCGUUUCGGAGGUGAUCCAUGCUGCUGCAGCUUCAUCUUGGGACUCUAGCACUGGACGUUGUUGUUGUUGUUGUUGUUGCUGAUUUUUCAGUUGUGAAGGAGAGUUGCAAGGGCCGAGAUGAGCAAGGCCGGGGAGAUGCAGCUGGCGGAUGGGAUUCUCAUGAAUUUGCCUGAGCAUCCUGAUCAACAACUUGAGAUCGCGCAACAGAUCACUCGCUUUGCUGUUUCUGGCCGUGUUGCGAAUCUGGAGGGGGAGCUGGAUUGUUUGACGCUGAAGCUCGUGGAGAAAGCGGCUAUCGUUGAGGACCUUCAGGCACGAGUUUCUGCGGUGGAGAGCAUGUUGGGUGGGAUAACUGCCAAGCUGGCCGUUGCUUUGCAGGAUCAGGCUAAAUUAGCGGAGGUUAAGGAUGCGCUUGCAGAUCAAAUGAAAACAUUGAUGUGCCAAGUUUCGGUGUUGGAUGAUUUCAAGAAGGCUGUAGUCCGAUCUUUGGGGCCGAAUUCAGAUUUUGAUGACAAUCCAGGUGACGCUACAUAUGCAUACGCGCCAGAAGCAUCAGCGUCCACAUACUGUUCAUCAGAAAAAUCCCUUCUCCAACUGCCAUUAAUCAUGUCGAAAAGCACAGAACCUCCUACACCGACGAAAAGAAAGCAGCAAGGGCAAUAUUCAUGCAUGAUGCUUACCUCCCAGGAUUCCCCUCGGGAUUCUGCAAAAGGUGAAGAAUCUGAUAAGUGGACUGAUAAUUAUAAGUCUGCGGGCGCAAUCUCUGAAAAGAGUCAGUGGGAGUGUCCUCUGACCCCUCGCCUACCAUCAGACACAGGACCAGCAAAAUCACGACGGAUUGACGGUAAAGAAGUCUUCCGGCGUGCCAGGGCGCGUUGGACUUGUGAACAAUUUAGUGACUUCUUAAACAACAUCAGGGAGGUGAACGCGCUUCGAAGGGCUGAGGAGGCUCUAGAGCUAUCUUCGGGCGUAUUCCACCCAAACACCUUCAGUUGCAAAACGCAUUCACCACCCAACUCCGGAGACUGGGUCAUCAUGUCAGGAAUCAGAUAAGUAGCUGAUCUCAUCAUGCUCAACUCUUUUGGGUGCUCUUGAGUUCUAGUUCUCAACCAAAUCAUGUUCUACGUAUAAUGUCGAUGAUUCUUGACGGUAAUCCCUUGAACUUGAAGUUCGACGUAUGUCAGAUUAUGAUAAUCAUGGCUCUAUUGCACACUGCUUUGUUUAUCCAUGGAUUCAACUACUAUACCAAUCCCUUUUAGUAGGAACACCACUUAGCGGAUGAUUUGUGCAAAAAUCCAACUAGGAUGGAAUCCUGCAAAUGCUGAGUGUGCAGAAGAAGUCAAUAGGAAGUACUAAAUGGAAAAAAGCAGAGGAAAAAAUAAAAUAAAAUGCUUGAUUAUAUUUACAUACACAUAUUGAAAUCUAUUUAGAAUUACUUUUUCAUUUCUUUUCUUUUCUUUUUCACUUAUUUCUGUUUUAUUUUAUUUACUCAACAAUAUUGUACAUCUGAAUCAUAUUGAGUUGGAUUGUAAUAGAAAAAGAAGUAAA